AUGUCUUCGAUGCUUACACGAAAAAGAAGAUAUACAUUGAGCUUGACCUGUAUCGGUCAAGCGGUACAACAGGUUAAAGGGUCCAUCGAUGCUGCAGUGCAAUCGAAGUCAUUGCAGUUUUCAACCACUAUGGAAUUUCUGAUUUUGAAAACACCGUCUGCUGAGAUUCCAAUAACACCGAUCGACACAACAUCAUGGAAGAUUCCGACUGUCUCGUUAGCAGACCCAUCAUUCCACAUCCCAGGUAGAAUAGAUAUCGUCAUCGGUAGUGACGCAUAUUGGGAAAUGCAUACUGGCAGAAAGCGUGCACUAGGUAGAGGCAGACCAUGGUUGGUAGAGACGCCCUUCGGUUGGACAGUCUCUGGGAAUACUUUCCACACAUCGGCUUCGAGCCAACGGUCCUGCCUCACCACCGUUAGUCAAUCUUCGCUUGACACUAUGCUGCAACGUUUCUGGGAAACAGAAAGCACCCUAGAAGGUCCCGCGUUAUCCAUAGAAGAGGACCAAUGCGAGAAACAUUAUGCGGCCACUACAACGCGUGAUAGUCAAGGUCUAUACGUAGUAAGCUUGCCGCAUAAGACCGAUUCCAAGAUUGCAUUGGGACAACCUAGAGCGAUUGCCGAUCGCCGGCUCGUUGCCGUUGAACGACGAUUGUUGAACAAUCCUGAAAUGGAGGUAGAAUAUAAAAAGUUUUUAGGAAUAUUCGACAUGCAAGAGGAGAAGCGAAAACUGAUAGUGGACAACUAUCUGCAAAAUCCAGCAGUGUCAUCUCGGGAGCUGGCAAAACAGUUAAGUUUGCCUAAGUCGACUGUUUCGCGAGUGAUUAAAAAGUACAAAGAGACACAGACGAUUGUUCGUAAGGUGCAAACUAAGCGACGGAGUGAAACCGUGGAUCGUCAACUGCGAUUGAGAGUCAUUCGGAAAAUCAAGGCUAACCCAAACAUCUCCGACUACGACUUGGCCAAAAAUCUCAACGCCGACCGCUCUACUAGCGAUAUUGGGCAAUAA